UGACAUUGCCUGAAUUGCCAGCUGUUUUGGUAUUCAAAGAUGGAACUUACUUUGUAUAUGAUGAGUAUGAAGAUGGUGAUCUGACAUCUUGGAUAAACAGAGAAAGAUUUCAAGGUUAUCUUAAUGUAGAUGGCUUUACAUUGUAUGAACUUGGAGAUACAGGGAAACUUGUGGCUAUUGCUGUCAUUGAUGAUAAAAACUCGUCAGUGGAACAUACCAGACUAAAAUCUAUUAUUCAGGAAGUUGCUAGAGAUUAUCGGGAUCAUUUUCACAGAGAUUUCCAAUUUGGCCAUAUGGAUGGAAAUGAUUACAUUAAUAGCCUACUAAUGGAUGACUUGACAAUCCCCACUAUUGUGGUAUUGAAUACCUCCAAUCAGCAGUAUUUUUUACCAGAUAGGCAAAUUGAGAACACAGAAGACAUGGUUCAGUUUAUUAACAAUAUCUUGGAUGGUACAGCUGAAGCACAGGGUGGUGAUGGAUUUCUGCAGCGAAUCAAGAGAAUAGUCUAUGACGCCAAGUCCACUGUAGUUUCUGUGUUCAAGAGUUCACCGCUGCUGGGAUGUUUUCUCUUUGGGCUGCCCCUGGGGGUCAUCAGUAUCAUGUGCUAUGGCAUCUGCACAGCUGAUACAGAAGGGGCUUUAGAUGAAAGUGAGUCACCUAAAAAGGGAAGUGGUGAUCGGGAGCUCACAGAUGAAGGCAGUGAGGAAGAACAAGAAGAAGAAAAAAAGGAAAAAUAUACAGAACUUUCAGACGGAGAGCUUAAACAGAAAAGCAUAUUGGAAAAGAAAAAAGACUAAAUUGUUUAGAAAAAAGAAUUCUCUAGGAUUUCCAAAUAGACUUAUUUAUUGAAGGUAGUCAUUUAUUAAUGAUCUUCAUGAAUGCGGACCUUUUUAUCGGAAUUACGUAGUUUUGACUUGCAUGUAUUCAAAUCUUUUCAGAUAUUGACA